AUGGGAUGUGGGUCGUCGAAAUCAGUCGAAACUGCUGUCGUAUCUACAAAUGAGAGCCAAACCAAGCCGUUUAUACGCGAAGUCAACGAAAACAUUGAAUCAAAGCCGAACUCUCUUAGCAACAAGCCGCGAAUCUUUUCUCACGAGGCCGAGCUUACAGAAAGCGUAACAAAUCCCCUAUUUUCCAUCGGUGACCGAGUUCAUGUUUCUGGAUACACAGGUAGUGUGAAGUUCAUCGGAAGUCUCAGCGAACUAGGCGAUGGCGACUGGAUAGGAAUUGAGUUGGAUCGAGAACAUCCACAAGGAAAUGAUGGGUUAUUUCAAAGCAUCCGUUAUUUUACGUGUAAACCAAGACAUGGCAUGUUUGCUCGACCGUCCAAUGUGUUUCCCCACACAGAUGUGGAUACAAUUGAGGAAGCCGCGAGUAUUAAUCCUCGAACAAUCGCUUUCAUUCAAACUAGCAUGCGGCGAUUUCUUGCCAGGAUUCGACUGGCAAAGUUUCAACAGCGCACGGCAAUCGAGAAGCAGAUCGAUGCACGCGUGUUAGCGACACCAGAGGAACAAACUGAGAGCGUCGAAAAACUGAGCGCCUACCUGACAAGUCGGUGGGAGGGAGACAGGAACAAAGUGUACGCGAUUUUCCGCUGGCUGAGUUUCAAUAUCGCCUACGAUGUGGAUGGUUUUUUUGGAAGGACAGAGAAAAAGACUUGCGAUUCCGCCAGCGUGCUACGCCACAGAACAGCAGUGUGUGCUGGUUAUGCGAAUCUAUUUGACGCACUUGGUAAAGCUGCGGGUCUUCAGGUGCAUACCAUAAAUGGUUACGCCAAGGGUUAUGGCUUCGAGCCGGGCCAGCAGAUUAAAGGCACAAAUCACGCGUGGAAUGCAGUUCAAGUCAACGGUGAGUGGUUCAUUUGUGAGCCCACAUGGGGUGCUGGUUACCUAGGAGCUGAUUUGAUGUUCCAUCGCAGCCCAGACGUGUCCAUGUUCCUGAUGGACCCCGAAUAUGCAAUUUGCAGCCACUACCCAUCCGACGAACAAUGGCAGCUCCUUGAGAAACCCAUCAGUAAGGAAGAGUUUGAGAAGUUGGUUGUGCCUUCUGGAAGAAUUCACCAAAUGGGAGUGGAAAUUCUCAGUCACAAGGAAAGCAUGUAUGAUAUUGAUCAUGCAGAUCACAUCGAAAUGAUGUUCUACUCUCCAUCGUUAAAGAUGCUACGAGGUGAUCUGAAGGAAUUCUCAGGAAGAGAUUACGAAGGAAGAAGAUGGACACAGAUUCUGCCCUGCGGAGUGAACCAAGUGAAGCUAAAAGCACAGUUCCCUGCCCCAGGAAAAUACAAGCUGAAUUUGUACGUAAGGGACGAGGUGACCCAUACUAAAUGGCAUAGUGGAAUAGAGUACAUCAUCCAGGCAAAAAGAGCAACUGAGAGAAAUCGAGGCGGAUUCCCACAACUAGGAAGUGAGUUUUACGAAGCAGGAUUCAGUCUUGAUCAUCCAUCCGAGAACAUUGUAUCCGACGACGGAAAGGCUUGCAUCUCAUUACAGAACUUUAACAUUCAAAUUUCUCACAUCGUGGGCCAACUUGACCUGGUGGGAGAGGGGAAACGACUCAAAAAAGACUUCGGUGCAUUUUCAUUUUGCUACUCAGACAAGAUAGAAAGUGGUUUUCGAGUGAUGGUGCAUUGCCCACUUGUAGGGGAGUACACUUUGAAAGUGUUUGCAAAGUAUUACGGCGAGGGAAAAUCAGAUACGUUUGUGUGUACCUACUACAUAAAUGCACUCGCUGGUGUAGAGCCUGUACCAGGCUUUCCGCGAUUGUCGGACAGCUUCGUUUCGUGGGGCCUGGAGCUCAAAGAGCCCCAGCACAAUAUUUAUGCCCCGGAUGGACGAGUCUCCAUUAAGCUGAAGGCCCCGGAGAAUGUAUCAGUUGAUGGUUAUUUAAUGAAGGACAAACAACAUCUUGACAACAGUUUGUGCUUCAGUAACACAGCGGAGUAUGUUGGCACAAUUCUGGCUCAUGCGCCUGAAGCUGGCGUUUUUCAGCUAAAUGUGUUUGGUAAAAAACCUGAGAGCAAAGACAGUGAAUAUUUAGCAACAUUCAUGAUCAAGUCUGAUCAAGCAGCAAGCUCAAACCCAGGCUUCCCCUACCUGAAGGACGAGUUUAAGGAGUGGGGACUGGAGCUGAUAGAUCAGUUGGAGAACAUCGUUUCACAUGUCAACCAUGUUAAAGUCACAUUUUCUAAUCCUCAUGGUAUCGCUUUAAAGCCAUGGCUGUUUGAUGCCAAUAAUAAGCAGAUUGGCAACUCUUGUCCGGUGGAAACCGCUGACGAGAUGACCGUCAUAACAUGUGAGCUGCCUAAAGCUGGGAAGUUUAAACUAAAUGUUUUUGGGACAAAUUUAUCUAUUGACAGCACAAAACAAGUGUUUCUUUGUACAUACAAAGUAUUAUACCUAAGCUAACUAAACCAAAUGCGACUUUAAAGACCAAAAACAUUUCGUUAGUAAACAAAUGAAGCACAUUUCGUUUCAGGGACUGGUCAUCAUUUAUCGCCUUGCAGGGGGUCGGAGGAGUCUGGUUGUGCCACAAUUUAAUUUUUCCUGUUACCCCCUUAGGCUCUGUAGUAUUCUGAUGCUCCCCCCCCACUUUCCUUGAGAGUCAGUUUUCUAUAGUCCCCCCCUUAUAGUCUGCUUGUGACGACUGAUCCCCCUUCCGUUCACCCUGAAAAACAUGUGAGUCCCCUAAAUCCCCCCUCCCCACUCAAGCGAGGAAAAAUGACUAUUUUUAAGACUCCAAUUUCACAAGUUGCCUAGAACAUUUAUACUCCCGUUUUUGUCAGUCUGGCAUAAUUGUCAUUGAUUAGAGAACACACGAGGGAAAGUCUUUGUGGUCUUUAAAGCGAUCUAAGGUAACUAAGUUGCUUCUCAAAAAAUUGUAAACAGGUGAACUUUUAUCAAGUGUUUCGCGUAGAAUUAUUAUUGAACAGUUGUAUGCGUUUAUCAUUUAUUACUUUGCCUCUAUUUUUCCGUUAUUAAUUUUCGUUUAUUUCCAGUAAAGUUUGAUCCGUGAUCCCAAACUCCUGAACACCUCUAUCCUGAUUUUUCCAAAGAAAUACAUAUGGUGACUCCCGCUGAAAUGACCUGCAUAUUUAUGCUUUCUCGUGUUUGAAGUAGAUGUCGUAAUUAUUGCCGAUGGCCAUCGUACUUAUAUAUUGACACAAGGUGAAACAUAGGAAAUGAAACUUUUUUAGUGCUUUUGUGCUUCAUGGCCGCCAUUUACAUUAGUUAACCUUGCUGUUGCUCUUUCAGUGAUCAUCCAUGACUGAUCAUGGCGAUCGACUUAUUAUGUUGCUAUUAGCAACGUUCCCUUUUUCAUCAGAACACAAGAAAAGAUUAUUGAGGCGCAGUCGUUCUCUCACGCUACACUAAACAAGCGACGACAGUGGCCAUUUGUUUCUUUCAGCCGACAAUGGGAUGUGGACAUCAAAAUCGGUCCAAACAGUCGUCGAAACAACAAAUCACAGUCAGAAUACGAACUUCGAAUCAAAACCGACAGCACUCGACGAAAAAGCUCCUGAAACCAGCCUGACUGAGGGAGGUGAAAAUCAAUUUUCCAUCAGCUCCGAGUGCAUGUUUUUGGAUACAUGGGUGCUGUCAGGUUUAUCGGUUAUCUAA